AAAGAAAGAGAAAAUUGUGUUUGAUUUUCUAACACCUCAUUGGAUAGGUGUAUGAAAAAUUCAUGGAUCGGGUCUAGAUAAAAAUUUCCCCAAAAAUCAUAAAGUAAAUUAUAGUAAAUUUUUGAACCUCUUGAGUUGGUUUCAAAUUUGGAAAUGUUUUAGGGUUUUGAAAUGGAUUCAUCAAAUGGGUCAGUAAUUGAAAGCAAUCUGGAAGCUGAAAUCAAAUCUUUUUUUGACUCAGCUCCUCCUUUGAAAGACAGUGCUGCUAUUUCCAACAAAUUGAAGAAUUUCAUUCAGCUCAAUUCUUCACCACCAGAUGAUGGACGAGCUAGAAGAAUUGUGUGUGUGACAUCUGGUGGCACCACAGUUCCCUUGGAACAGCGAUGCGUUCGUUAUAUUGAUAAUUUCAGUUCAGGCCAUAGAGGAGCCACAUCUACUGAGUACUUUGUCAAGGCUGGAUAUGCAGUGAUAUUCUUACAUAGGAGGGGAAGUUGCCAGCCAUAUUGCCGAUUUCUUCCUGAAGAUCCACUUCUUGAGUGUUUCGACUCCACUGAUGGCUUAGAUGUUCAAGUGCGUCAAUCAUAUUCCGAGGCAGUGAAGAGAGCCAUUAAUGAUCAUCAUGCUGCUGUGGCAGGAGGUCACUUGUUAAAGCUUCCUUUUACAACCACAUUUGAAUAUCUUCAGAUUUUACAAAUGAUUGCAAUAUCAAUGAAUAAUCGUGGUCGGCAUUGUAUGUUUUAUCUUGCUGCUGCAGUGUCCGAUUUUUAUGUACCUUGGAAGGACAUGGCAGAGCAUAAAAUUCAAUCAGCCUCUGGUCCAUUGGACAUGCGACUUGUGCAAGUGCCAAAAAUGCUCUUAGUGUUGAGGAAAGAAUGGGCUCCUUUAGCCUUCUGCAUAUCAUUCAAGCUCGAGACAGAUUCAAAGAUUCUUUUAGAGAAGGCAGAAACGGCUCUUAGAAAGUACAAGAUGCAUAUGGUUGUUGCAAAUGAACUAAUGACUCGGAAAGAGGAGGUGACAGUCGUCACAGCUGAACAAAAUAUUCCAGUCCGUCGUGACAAGACUCAGCCUGGUUCCGACGUGGAAAAGCCUCUGAUUGAACUACUUAUAGCAAAGCAUUCAGCUUACGUCAAGGACUCUCACAUGUGAUUACAGACUAUCAGCAUCAUAUACGUGACAUAUAUUGCAAUUAUCUUCAAACUUGCAAAAUUGUAACAGAUGUUGUUAUAAAUCAUUUUUGCCUCUUGUUUUUAUGGUGAAUUAAGAAACCUUUCUUAAAUUAUAGAGCAUAUAAACCAUUUUGUAUCAUGUAAGCAAACUUUCAGAAUGGAACAAAGGGAAAUAUAGUCGUAAUCCAUCUAGCUUACUAGCUACGUUAUCAGUAUGGAGAGACUGUUGAAUGUUUCCCAUAACUUUAAUGGAUGUCUGUCUUUUAUUGAUUGAAAACCUUGAAUCGGAUUUUUUUUGGUUCUUUGUUUCA